AUGCACAGUGCUCCAUCUAUCGCUAUUCUUGCCAGUGUGACUCUUUCUUCCAUGGCCUCGGCAGCAACCAUUAGCAGUUUGGACCUCGAAUCUAAUGAGCCCUACUGCUGUGUCCACGACUUCACGGCUGUCGACAGUUUUGUUCCUGGCGUGAACUCGGACUGCUUCCCGUUCUGCACUCAGACUAUGCGUGUUCUCUCCUCGAUCACCCAGGAUGGAGGCAAAUCUUGCCAAACUAGGAUCGCCUUUAAUACCGCUGAUUAUUCGAGCCUUGUUUCCGCGGCUUCGGCAUCUAUUACGGGAACUUCGAAGCCUUCCAAUAGCGAUGCGACUACAACUGGAAGCGGAAGCGAAACUACGAGCGCCAAGACUACCAAAUCUGGAGAGAAUUCGACUAAUAUGGCGGGGCCUGUUGCAACAGCCGAAAGCCUGGCACUGGGUGGAGCUGCUGUAGCUGCUGUACUCUUCGCUCUCUAG